AUGUGUCAUGUGGUCGAUAUUCGUGUUUUUGAAUAUCGUUUUUAUGUAUCAUUUUGUCCUUGUAUUUGUAUAUAUAUCUCUUGUAUUUGUCUGUUUACAGUCCGAUAUACAAUCCAUUAUCCCAUAUCAUUCCUAUAUCAUUCCAUUUCAUCAUCUCAUUAUAACAACUAAUUUCUCAUAUUUCAUUUGACAUAAUUUGCAUGCCGGGCCUCAGUUUUUACAAACUUCCCGGAAAAUCCACCUCACGCAUGCGCACUUUGAUAUAAAUAUUUCUCUUGGUUUGCGCCAGAAAUUGUUGUCUUAUUUAUUUAUUUAUUUAUCAAGGCGUAUGUUUAUGUCCUUACAGGUAAUUGUUGUUAUUCAUUAUGUUUCAUUAUCAUGCAUAUUUCCAUUGAUCGUUUAUGUAUUUCGGAUCUGUAUUUAUGCACUUUGAUAUAAAUAUUUCUCUUGGUUUGCGCCAGAAAUUGUUGUCUUAUUUAUUUAUUUAUUUAUCAAGGCGUAUGUUUAUGUCCUUACAGGCAUAAACAGACCAUUCAUACAUUUGAAAAAGGACCAUACGACAUUGGUGGCCAGUGUGGAUUUUUAUGUUUGGAUUGGUAUUUUCAUGGUACGAAUUUAUUUGGGACGAAACAACGAACACAGACGGUGACGUAGGGAUUUCCCAACUAUAGCCAAUCAGAACAUCUUUUAUAUUUCUUAUUUACUUCCGGUGACCGGGUACUCCCGAGGAAUUCCAUCAAAACAAACAAAAGUUCAACUAGUUAUUUUUCUAUUUAUAUUUUAAAGAGCUCUAACAUUUAAUUAAUUAAAGGUACCUAUUCUUAUUUAUAUAUCAACGUUGGAUUAUUCACCUCUUCGGACCAUUUAGACGACAACAAUAUAUUUGUGGACUUUGAACAUUUGUAAACAAACAGUGUUGAAUUCCACAAAGUCUUGUACUUCAGGCUUCUGUGAUAUUGAUUUUUAUCCUGUUGCUGGCUUUUUGAAGAUUGACACAGACAUGUAGACACAGCAUUUAACUAUCAGGUGGUUGGUGAGCUAACACUCUGUCUCUUUUAUCUUUCAUCUUGGUCUGAAUAACUAGUAUAUAACACCUGUCCCUAUUUGAAGUUAAUUCCACCCAGUCUGGUAUUGUCCAUUUACUGUAAUAAAUCCUAUAUUACCCCAGAUAUUAUAUAUCCAACAGCUGAAUUAUUUCAUAUCCUAUCCUGAUAACUUAUUGUACCUGAUUACUUACUGUACCUAUCUUUAUUAUUAUUAUUUAUUAAAAGCAGGACUUGCUUGAACCAGAAUUUUGCCUGAAGUAAGCAUGUAGAUUGAAUAGUUUAGCAUUUAUUGUAGGAACAGAUUAUUGUAGUUGACUUGUGAGUAAAUAUAAAUAAAGUAUACAAGUAGGUUUGAAAUAUUUAUUCUUUAGUUAGAAUAAAUUGUUCAACCCGGGCAGUUAAAAUCAAUUAUAUUUAAAAUUCUGUAAACUUAAAACAGCAAUUCAUUCAAAUUACUGCGACGGUAUCAUGUAGCCGGUAAAUAGAUUUGAAGUGAAAUAUUUAUUCUUUAAUUAGAAUAAAUUGUUCAUUUUUAAAUCCCGCUGAUUUAUAUUUUUAUACACAGUUUGUGAGAACCGACACUCAACUUCUUCUUCAUUUUCGAAUAGUGAAGUAUUUUGUGUAAGUGGUAAUAUAUUUUCUUAUAUAGAAUUAUUCUAUAUUUACAAGAAUUUAACAUAUAUACAAAUAGCAAAUCAAUUGUUGCUACUGUAUCACAGUUGAAAAGUUGAUAAUUUGGGUUCUACUCAUUUAGUCAUUAUAAAAAGUCUGUUGAUAGGUAUAUUAUUUUACUUUAUGAACUGAAAAUUAAACAUUUUGCAUUGAAAUAAUUGUCUAAAUCAGAAGAAAGGAAACUUUACACAUUUAUUUAUCCUGGUAAGCUUUGUGUGUACUUGUAUUAAGUUGAGUCUGUGCCUGAGCAAGGAAAUUUAUAGAUAAUCUAUAUACAUGUAAGUUAGGUCUUUGGGAUUUUUUUUCUGAUAUUGUAUAGAGUACUGGACUGAACAUUGUUGCAAUACAGAAUUCCUGCAUAUAAUUUUACAAGCCUGUGUGUCUCUUGCAAUUACCAUAAAUUAGUUGAAAUUUAUACACUAUAGCAAGUAACUGAACAAGUGUCUGUGCAUUUCACAAUAUAAUUUUAUAGACUUGUUACCUGUAACUUGACAAUCUUAGGUGUCUGUAAUAAGUUAUUUAUUUAGUAAGUUAAGCACUGAAUAUUAUUCAGUUGAAUUUAAUACUGCUUUAUAAUAGAGACUGAAUAUCAGUGUUAUUAGAUCUAUUGUUUUACAAACUUUGAUCUAAUUUACUAACUGUAUCUGGUACAUAUAUUAUUCAGGUGACCUUGAAAUUGUGUGUAAUGUAUGGUGCACUGUGUGGGCCAUAAUUUGAAUAAAGUUGAUUGAUUAUUUUCAAGUCUUUGUGUUUUUUUCUUUUGAAAUAAAAUUGUUUUAUUUCUAUUGUUUGUUUUUUAUUACAUCUAUAUAGACCUAAGCUGGUUACUGAUGUAAAUCUUUUUUUUUUUAGUGUAUGGUGUACAAUUUGGGCCAUUUGAAAUCCUGAAUUUUAAGUCACGUUCAUUUUUUUUUGGUCCAAUCCAUUUUUUUUUUGUUUUCUCAUCAUGGCGGAUGGUACAACUCAGUCCUUAGACUAUUCAGAUGCAGAUCUGGAAUUUUUUGCUAGACAGUUACAAAAAUCUGGUAAGUUUGAAGUUAAUGCAAUGGCAAGUACACCUCAUACAGUACACUCAAGUCAUACAUUUAAUGUUACACCUACUCCUAUACGGGAACAUAUCAGCAGUUCGGGUACACAUCAGGUUCACUUUCCUCCACCUGUUUAUAGCAUUCCUCCACCCAUGCCUAACCCUCAACCAUACUUGUCUUUUGUGACAAAUAGGGACUUGGUACAUGCCCGUAUCCCUGAGUUACCUUCUUUUUCAGGAGAUGGGAAAUACAACUCGUCAAUGUUCGAGAUAUGGCGCUAUGAUGUCAAUUGUGUCAUUGAUGAGGGUAAUUAUCCACCAUUUAUCAUCAGGGAGGCCAUUCGUAAAUCUUUGAAAGGCAGUGCCAGAGGUGUUCUUUUGCAUUUAGGUGAAAAUGCCACUGUUCCUGAGAUCUUGAAUGAGUUAGAUGGCAUUUAUGGUAAUGUUCAUUCAACUGAAAGGUUGAAGGAACAGUUUUACAAUGAACAGCAGAAGGUGGAUGAGUCUGUUGCUGACUAUAGUUUGCGUCUGGAGAGGUUGCUUAGCAGGAUACCAUGCAAUCUUGAUAGGAUGUCCAAGGAUGAAAUGCUGCGGGGUAGGUUGUGGUCAGGCCUUCGUGAUAUAGAGCUUAAGAAUGCCUCUAGAUUUCUUUUUCAGAAGGACCUCAACUUCAAUACUCUUCGCAAAGAGUUGAGAGCCAUUGAGGAAGACUUACGCUUGUCUCGGUUAGCCACUUCUCUCCCUCUUCCACCCAAGCAGGCAACCCAGGCCAAUGUUUCUUUACCUAAUACUCCUAAUGAGUCUGUUCCUGCACAGCAGUGUGCCACUACUGUAGAUAGUAGACUUCUCCAGGAAAUAAGGGCCCUUUCUAAGCAGAUGGAAGGCAUGGAGUCCAGGCUGUCUAGUAUGGAGAAGGAACUCAAGGGCUUGAAACAAGAGAGAUCUUCCACUCAGGAUGUCAAAGCCUCUGCCAGUCCUUUAAACUACAGUCGACCUCCAUCGCAGGGCAGAUGAGAGGUCAUAC